UCAAACUUUUGCCUCAAGAUGCUUGUUUGGAAGCGAGCAUUGGUGGGAGCCCAGCGACACUUUGCGACUCUUGCGGCUUCUGGAGCUCGCUGUGAGGUAAGGAAUGCGAUGUGAUGCAUGGCGAUGGGUCUCUCAUCGGCUGAGAGAGGUGCUACAGCCAAUCUUAAGACCCAAUAACAAGCCUCAACAAACAGAACACUUCAAAGCUCAAGAACUAGUUUGCCAGCGAGACCUCCACACCACUGCACUCAUGAUUGGGAGAUCCUAUCAAUUUAGAGAGCUUGCCUACCUUCGCAGAAAAUCUGUGUUAAGCUAUACUGAUAUUAUAUUCCAUGAUAUUCCCCUGUAGGUAUGACCUGUGAUUGCAAGGUAAGUUGACAGCCGCACAAUACAAUUGAACUCGUUCUGACCCCCAUGUCUCGAUGUCAUGGCUGGCACCAUGGGAAAAAAAGCCAGCUGGAUUCAGGGCAUUGGCGCUCCUUUGCUCAAUGAGGCAAGAGGGAGCAGCGGCUGCAGCGGCUGCAUCAGUGUAGGUACAGAGACGGGUCCUCCGUCUCCAUUUGCAGCAAAUGCCCGAGCCGAAGUGGGCGCCGCUGAUAGAACCAGGCGGCACGGAGGAGUUGGAUUGUGCCAACCGAUCGCCUAUGGCGCGAAUUCCAAAACCCGCGAAUCGAGGGUCGAGAUCACGCGGAUUGAUGAUGCGGAAAUUGAGGAAGAGGGCCCGCACAGGAAAUUAGUUGGUCGAUUGGCAGACCAGCGGCUGUAAAUAGCUUUGUCUCAGAGGGCGAGGCUCCACUCCCGCCUUUUCUCCAAAC